AUGGAUGCAAUAUUGUUUUGUUUUACUGUUAUUACAACAAUUGGUUACGGUAACGUAGCACCGCAAACAAUACAAGGACGUCUUUUUGUAAUUAUUUAUGGUCUUAUUGGUAUACCUUUCACAAUGUUAGCAAUUGCAAAUUUAGGAAAAUUUUUAGCCGAAUUAUUGAAAAAGUCAACAAGACCACUACUGGAAUGUUUAAGGCGAAUACAUCGAAACAGAAAAAAAGCAGCAGAAAGCCGGUCAAAAGAGAAAGAAGUUUUAGUGUCACCGUCAAGCGCCAAAGUUGAAGAGGUAUAUAAUGAAUGUAAUUUUUUCCUUCUAAAACAAAAAGUGGAUAAAAAAAAUUUAAAGGCACAUUCUUACAGAUCUUUAGUGAGAGGCUCUAAUCAUCUUUAUCUGAAAUCAAACGCCGAGACUUCUGGUGAACCUGAGGUUGGAGCGUGGGGCGAAGCAUUAAUACUAUUUAUCGCAUUUUUUGCGUACAUUCUUGUUGGAUCAAUGGUAAUUUCAACAUAUGAACCUGAAAUGGACUUUUUUGGUUCAAUUUAUUUUAACUUUGUUUCCCUGACCACUGUUGGUCUUGGCGAUUUAGUUCCAAAAAACGAAACAUAUUUACUCUUUACACUUGUAUAUUGUGCUGUCGGGUUGGCUCUUACAACGAUAGCUAUUGAAAUUGCAGCUGAAUAUUUGAAAAAAUUGCAUUACUUUGGAAGGAAAAUUGAUAAUGUUGCAAACGUUAAUAUAUGGUUCGGCGGAAAAAAGUUAACAAUGAAACAACUAGUAAAAAAUCUUGGAGAUCAAUUCAAUUUGCCAGUUCACGAAAUUGCGGAUUUAAAUUUAGAUCAUUUUGUCGAUGCUGCUAUACGAGUUGAAGCCGGCGAGCUUGCCACAUUACGGGUAAUAUAUUCCAUCUGUAUCAACACUUUUUGA